UGCGAGGUCGGCGACAGCGGCGGAAAGGUCGUCGGGACUGUCUCUGCCUUUUUCUCGUCAUGUCGUUUCGCCAGCGAAGCCCCUUGGCCGGCCGGACUCGUAGCAGCAGAUCAACCUCUUCGUGGAGUCAAGGCAGGAAGCGCGAUGCAGACGGAAAGCACAGGAAUACACAGGAGCCCAGCGGCCCAACCAUUGAUUACGAUGCGUACAGUCUGGCAGAUGGCAGAUCGGAGAGUUUCACAACCCCAGAGGGUCACAAGCCCCUUUCGAGAUGUUCAGACUGGGGGAGUGCAGUUGAAGAAGAUGAAAUGAGGACUAACGUCAUCAGAGAAAUGGCAAGAUACAAAAGAAAGCUUCUAAUAAAUGAGCUUGGAAGAGAAAGGAAGACCUCUACUGGAAGUUCGGAUUCAAAGGAAUCUACAGCAGCCGUGGAACUGGAGACUGACGAGGCUGUUCUAAUGAGGAGACAAAAACAAAUAAAUUAUGGGAAGAAUACAUUGGCAUAUGACAGAUACAUUCAAGAGGUUCCUAGGUGUCUACGGGUUCCAGGGGUCCAUCCAAGGACUCCAAAUAAAUUUAAAAAGUACAGCCGGAGAUCUUGGGAUCAACAGAUCAGGCUUUGGAAAGUUGCGUUGCAUUUUUGGGACCCUCCCCACGAAGGAGGCUCCGAUGCCCAAGGACUUAGCCCUGUUGAUCUUAGUGAUAUGGAAACAGAAUCUGUAGGAAGUAAUUCAUUGGUGCUACAGGGAAGUUCCCAAGAAAACAAUGUGAAUUGCACAGGCCCCGGCCAAAGCGAGGAUUGAGCAUCGCCUUGAUGACUAAGUCCAGCUCGAGGCACCUUCCGGUAUGAAGCUUGUGUCACCCGUAGAAUCGAGUGUCCUGCUGCAGGCUCCGUUUUCAGGAAGGGGCAACCCCAGUAGAUUCAGACAGAAAUAAGAAAUUCUCCUGCGUUGCCAUCCAGAGAUGAAAAAUCAGUGUUUCUCUUGACCUUUUUUGAAUGCCUAAAAACGGAGUCCUAGCUAAUUGUGUGACUGCCUAAUUUAUAUGCCUGCAUAGGAAGCAGGUUGCUUUGAAAGCGCUUGGCCUGCAGUUAAGAAAAACCCGCACGGGCAACGGUGCCACAGCUUUAGCAGUUAUUAAAAAAAUGACAUUGUAGUAAGGAAAUAGUUUUAGCACUUGGCUGAUGUCUUAACCAUGACACAAGUCUAGGUAGGCAGGAAGAGGUGGCUCUGCACUCUGUCCUCUAAUUUUUAAAAGUGAGAAUUUGAUGCUUUUUGAAUGGAUGUUUCUUUCAGAAUCCCCAAACAAUUGGCAAUAACCUUUUCCCGGGAUUAGCAGGCCUCUUAGCGGGGGAAAAUAAAGGCCCUCUCUUGGGUGGCACACCUCGCUGAGUUUUAAACCGAUAAAACUUGUAAAUAGUUUUCUGCAGGGCUGCGUGAACUUGGAAGGGAGCCUGGGAAUGUUAUUUUUAUUCAUUCUUAAUAUAAUUUUUUUUUACUAUUUGUUGCUGUUUUUUUGUAUGGAAUAAAAU